GACAAAGCCAAUCAUAUAUACAACACACGCAUAUAAAUGUGGACAUGUAUUGAUCGGUUGCCCGUAUGUCGAGGUGUCUCUCCUGCGCUCCAACACCAGCUCAGCCUCAGAAGCACGGUUUCGGCAGUGUUUAUGUAUUCUGACCAAGUAUGACCAAGCGAUCAUCUGCUACACCAGAGAAGCUGGAAGUACGGAGUAACCCAACCGAGGAACUCAACUCGUGCCCCAAGGAGGGGCUUUAGUGAUUCACGCUCCUAUUUGCUGGGAGGGGGCGGAGAAUCAUCCAUGAAUGCCAGUACGCUUACAGUACCUAUUUCCACAACCCCGCGAUCGACGAUGGGAGACGAAAGUCAGGAAACCCCUACUGAAGCAGGUGCCAUUGCCGGGGCUGUAUUCGGAAUUGUUGUAUGUCUUAUUAUUUUGGGUAUAGCCGCUUUCAUGUACCGCAAACACAAAAGAGAGAGGGAGGAACUAAGACGAGCUAAACGCUCUCAAAUGUCAUCGAUGUUGAACGCUGGUGUGUACAUGGAGACAACCACGACGGACAGUCUAGUACCCACCCAUGUCGUGACGGGGCCACAUCCGAACCCCCGCAAUAGUGCCUACAAAUCAUUAAACACACAACCCGAUAUGUACGAACAGGACUCGGACGACGAGAUUUGAUCACUUCUUUGUCUUAUGUUUUUGUGAAGUAACAAAGUGAUCAAUUCACAAACUUCGUAACAUUGGGUAUGUGCAAUUGUACAUAUAUGUGGUUAAUAUUUAAUAAACAUCGUUACAUAUUAUUUAGUACAAAUAACACUUUGGUAUGAAAAAUUCACUUGAAGAAUCAUAGAUCUCCUCAUGUGGAAUAUAAAGGCUAAUAUAUUCUCUUAAAAGAAGCUCUGUGUUCGUUUGAUCAUAUCCAACGUAAUACUGACAACGAAAGGGUCCUUUGUGGAAAUCCACGACGUGUCAUGGAAGAUGAUAUGGGGAUGUGUGCAUGUCGACAGGAGCCGAGAAUCAGUGUUGGUGGCUAACUAUGUCGACAGGAGCCGAGACUAGUUAUAUAACAUUGUCUGUGGGGGAUCAUGUCAACGGGAACCGAGAAAUGUUGUUUGUGGGAGAUCAUGUCGACGGGAACCGAGAAAUGUUGUUUGUGGGGGAUCAUGUCAACGGGAACCGAGAAAUGUUGUUCGUGGGAGAUCAUGUCGUCAGGAGCCGAGAAAUGUUGUUUGUGGGAGAUCAUGUCGACGGGAACCGAGAAAUGUUGUUUGUGGGAGAUCAUGUCGUCAGGAGCCGAGAAAUGUUGUUUGUGGGAGAUCAUGUCGUCAGGAGCCGAGAAAUGUUGUUUGUGGGAGACCAUGUCGACCAGAACCGAGAAUAGUUAUAUUACAUUGUUUAUAGCAGACUAUGUCGACAGGAGCCGAGAAUCAGUGUUGGUGACUGACCAUGUCGACGGGAACCGGAAGUAUUGUUUGUGGAAGACCAUGUCGACCAGAACCGAGAAUACUUAUAUUACAUUGUUUGUGGCAGACUGUCGACAGGAACCAAGAAGCAUUUUUGUAGGUAGCUAUAUCGACAGGAACCUAGAGGCGUUAUAUUAUAUUGUUCGUGUGUAACCAUGUCGACGGGGACCUAGAAGCUUUGUUUGUGGCAGACUUUGUCGACGGGAACCAAGAAGCAUUUUCUGUAGGUGGCUUUGUCGACAGGAACCGAAAGGCGUUAUAUUGUAUUGUUCGUAUGUAACCAUGUCGACGGGGACCUAGAAGCAUUGUUUGUGGCAGACUUUGUCGACGGGAACCUAGAAGCGUUAUAGUAUUUGUGGGAGAUCAUGUUGACGGGAACCGAAAAUCAGUGUUGGUGACUGACCAUGUCGAAAGGAGCCGAGAGGCAUUGUUUGAAGGUGACCAUGUCGACGGGAACCUGGAAGUAUUGUUUGAGGGAGAUCAUGCCGACGGAAAAGCGAAGCAUUAUAUUGUAAUUAUAUUGAUUGUGAGUAACCGUGUCGACGGGAACAGUUAAGCAUUGUUUCUGUGUGACUAUGUCGACGGGAACAGAGAAUGUCACGGGAAUCGAGAAGCAUUGUUUCUGUGGGACUAUGUCGACGGGAAUCGAGAAGCAUUGUUUCUGUGUGACUAUGUCGACGGGAAUGUAUAUCAUUGUUGUUCGUCAGUUUUGUGUUACACAGAAUGGAAACUUCUGCAUGCAUUCAUCUGAGGGACGGUUUUUAUGUCAAUCACAAACUGAUGAAUACUCACAUACAACAGCGGUGUCUUAAUCCUGUACAUACGUUUUCGUUAUUCAUUGUUAUACAGUCUGGUCACUCUUUAACAAGAUGUACCAUAUGUAUAUGUAUGACCCAAUUCAUGGUGUGAUACAAUAUGUUUUCAAUGCCACUAGAAGAAUAGAUAUGUUUGCUAAUGUUAUCAUAAGGUUUAUCGCCUGGGCUCCAGUCCACUACAGUGUGUAAGUAGGUUUCAGACGUUUUGGAACACAUUUAGUUUAAACUUUACAUAAUUUUCAAUAAGUUUCUUAAAAUCCGUACGUUCCAAGUGAAAUGUUAGACACAUUUCAUCUUUUGCUGACAAUUCAGAUCGUUUCUAUUUCUUUAGAAUUACAUUUCAUACUUUCACUGCGUUUGAAUAGCACACACAUCUAGGAUACGUGCUGAAUAAAGAUCAAACACCGGAACACCUGGUCCUUUAAUUCAAUCAAGUUGCAUUUGUUGUAAAACUCUGGUUUGUUUUUAAUUCACCAUGAUUGGGUUUGAUGUCUUAUCAUUAUCAACCAUAUAAACAGAUAUUUUAACUUUGCUUAAUCAGUAAGAUAGAUAUCAUAGCGAGGUAUAUUAUAUAUUUUGUCAGUUUGUUACAAUAUGUCGUUUUACAAUAGAGUAUUUUGAUUUCAACUGUAAUAUAUUGUAUGAUAUAUCAAUUAGUUCGAAAUUCACAGGUAAAUGUCACAGCGGAUAAAUUAAACAGUUACUAAUCACAGUACAUGUAUAUAUAGCGCUAUACUGAAUCAUCGUACAGACAUGAACGAAAGUGUUUAGUCCUUUUUAACAGCCUACAGUGCCUUUAAUUAUAUAAUGCCAAAUUUAUACUAUCUUGAAAUAUCUCUACUUACGUCAUUCACAAUAAAAAUAUAUACAUUUUCUUUUAGGAUCGUCAGAAGCAAACAGCGCGGGAAUUAUUUACAAGGAAUAGUGUAUCAAUUGAUAUUCUUUUUGUAUUUCUAUCCGAAUUUUCGGCGAAUUUUCUAUUUUUUUUUUCAAGCUUUAAAAUCUUUGUAGUAUCAAAUCAUGUCCACGUUAGAGCGUCUGUUUAAAAUUAUGAAUUUUCGUUACCGGAAAAAAACUCACCUCUUUUAAAAGGUUUACAAAUUGAUGUCGGAAAACGAGUUCUGACUGUGUCAAGUCGACAUGGUGUAUGCCAUGUGCUGCUUUUAUAUCAAAUAGGAAUUAUGAUAUGUAAGUAUCUUUUUAAGAGUCUCGUUUUCCGGCUUGGUGGAAACCCCGAAGCAUCAUUUUAGUCAGAAUACGUUCUUUUAAAUGGAAACAAUACGGUGGUUUUUUUUUUUUUUUUUUUAGGGGGUGGGGGUGGAGCGGUAUUAGACUAAAGUCUAUCACUCCAUGAUUUCUUUCGUUCUGUCACGUGUCACGACUAAUGAACAAUGAACUCCUGGAUAUCCAGGUAUUAUAUGCCGGUAUUUUGUGGUUAUUUAUGUUAUACUCGUAUUUAUGUUAUUUGUACCUGUAAAACGUUUAGAGAAAUUACUUAUUUUAAUAUUGUGUAUGCAAGGCUUGUAGUUGACUGGGUAAUAUCCAUUAUCCGUUUCCGAGGUAGGCAUUUGACUACAUUAUUAUGUGUACAGUAAGGUAAUACACCUGUAAUGUAUUUAACGAAAUAUCGUUUAUGUUACAGGUUAUGUAUCUGUCCUUAUUCUCUCCUGGUGACUGACAACCUAGCAAUAUAUACAUAUAUUGUUCAUAAUUAUUCAUUGUAAUAACUUUUUUUACGAAAUAUUUAUAUUUUAAUGUCAUGAAUAAAGAUACGAAUGGAUCAAAAGACUAUUAUCAAAACGCUUUAUCUUUAUGUUUUAACAAUAACAUCUAAUAAGAUUUCAAAGAUAAAAUAUGCAUGUGUGUACACCUAUUGGGUAAGUUAACAUGAUGUCAACGUCGGAAAGUAUUUUGUCUUUUCUUAAAAAAAUAACAAAACAAAAAAACAAAAAACAAAACAAAUAAAAACUAAAAGUCGAGGUAGGAUUUGGUCGGAAAAGUUGGUUGGAAAAAUCUAGAUAGGAAGGAUAAGGUAGGAAAGGUUGGGUGUGAAAGUCUAGGUAGAAAAGAUUUGGUCAGAAAGGUUAGGUGGGAAAGUCUAGAUAGGAAAAAUUUGGUCAGAAAGGUUGGAUGGGAAAAUCUAGGUAGGAAAGAUUUGGUCAUAAAGGUUGAGUGGGGAAAAUCUAGGUUGUGAAGAUUUGGUCGGAAAGGUUAGGUGGAAAAGUCUAGGUUGGGAAGAUUUGGCAGAAAGGUUGAAGGGAAAGUCCAGGUAGACUUUCAGACGGAUUGCAACAUACACGUGGUAUAAUGUUCACAAAAACAGACUUGCCAUCGUUCUUUUUUGUCCCUUUUUUGAUGUCAUACAUCCCCAAUAUUUCCAAUAUCUCAAAAAUAUUUCAGAUUAUCAAUAUAAUGUGCCUACACUGCCAGUGGUAAAUAUAGUUACAUAAUCUUAAAUACUAGCGAAAUUAUAAAAUUCGGUAAAAUAAAUAUAAUUUUUCAGUUAGUAGAUGGUCCUGGACAUAAUCAUAUAUACUGUGUGCUAUAGGAAAAGUCACGUGCAGUUUAAUAUAAGAUACUUAUCGUAUGAUACAAGAUCUAUAAGUAAAUAUUAGACAGACUGUGUAGGUUAAAUACCUUAUACAGUAUGCUGUGUAAUGAUAUAUACCUUGCGAUUCGAUAUAAAUUACCUACAAAUUGAGUUAGAUCCUUACCUAUACUUACUACAGGCUAUAAAAUGACAUACCUUAUGAUACUGAGCAAGUUGCUUACAAUUGUAGUUAUAUGAUUACAGUAUGAUAAAUAUAUGUUAUAUAAGUCAGCAUUCCAUAGAGUAUAAACAUUUGUCAGGUCUUCCGUCACUUGUUAUCAAUCAUGUCUGAUUCGUCCUAUAGUUAUAGUUGAGUCCAUGUGUGUGAAUUUUUAAUAUGUUGUCAACAAAUCUGUACACAUUGACAAGUAAAGCAUGCAAAUGAUGUAUCAUA